AUGGCCGAAUUACCCGCUCCCCCAAGUGAUUAUCUCCACCGUUCGAUAGAUCAGCUGCGUUCGAUGAACGAACGCAAUGUCCUCUCCUCACUAAGUCAUCAUCUGACGCCGGUGGAAUUGCGCAAUGCCGCACAGUUGGCGGCACACGAUUAUAAACCAUUUAAUAUCAAUGAAUUUCGUCAGAAUGUUGAGCGUUUAGAUUAUUCGUUGAAGAAUGGCCUUAUACACCAACAACAGCAGCUGCUCCAGCAGCAACAUCAUCAGCAGCAACAACAACAACAACAACAAGUGGCUCAUCAACAGCAGCAACAACAACAACAGCACCAACAGCUGCAGCUUAAACAAUCGUAUAGUCCACCAAAUUCACCGGCCACACCCACCAUGACGGAACAACCAGAGCAAAAGUAUGAUCCACAUGCUGCUGCUGUCGAACAACAACAACAACAACAGCAACAACACACCGUCAAUCAGAAGCAACAACGUAACCAACAAGGCUCCCCUGAAGGCCGCGACGCCAAACCCUACAAAUGCACGCAAUGCACAAAAACCUUCGCCAAUUCCUCCUACCUCUCACAACACACCCGCAUCCAUCUGGGCAUCAAGCCAUAUCGUUGUGAAAUCUGCCAACGCAAAUUCACACAGCUGUCGCACCUGCAACAACACAUCCGCACACAUACCGGGGAUAAACCAUACAAGUGCCGCCAUGCCGGCUGCCCUAAAGCCUUCUCACAACUCUCCAAUCUGCAAUCGCACUCUCGUUGCCACCAAACGGACAAACCAUUUAAAUGUAACUCCUGCUACAAAUGCUUCACCGACGAAUUAACGCUGCUCGAGCACAUACCCAAACACAAAGACUCGAAGCACUUGAAGACGCACAUCUGCAACCUGUGUGGCAAGUCGUACACACAGGAGACCUACCUGCAGAAACAUUUGCAAAAACACGCCGAAAAGGCGGAGAAGCAACAGCAACGACAGGCCAGCGCAACAAGUAAUGCGCAACACCAUGUGCCUGCCGGCGGUAUCGGCCUUAAUUUGCAGCGACAGGUGGUGAUGAAUGCUGCGGCAGCGGCCGCAACUAGUGAUCCCAAUUCGUAUUGGGCGAAAGUGGGUGCCGAUAGUGGCGUGAAUGCAGCCACACUCGCUGAAGCUAUACAACAACAACAGCAGCAAGCUGCCGCUGCAGCAGCUGCAGCCGCCGCGGCUGCGCAACAACAGCAACAACAUGCUCAGAAUGGCUACAACUUUGCGGCGCUGCAACAGCACCAACAACAGCAGCAGCAGGAACUACUGCAACACCAUCAGCGGCUGGUGAAUGGUGGAGCGGGCAGUGGUGGCGAUAGCGCUGGCAGCGGCAACACGCCGAAUCACUCACACUCGCCCAACGAUGAGGGUGAGGACUUGGUGAUGCGUCAAACCCCGCAACAUCAUCUACAACAACAGCAGCAGCAACAACAGCAACAACAACAACAUCAGCAUCAACAGUCACACUCACCCAAUCCACUGCUAUUGGGCAAUGCAGCGGCAGCAGCGGCAGCGGCGGCGGCAGCAGCCAACUACGACGUGAAAACAACCAGCGCCUUUACGCCCAUCAACACGGCGCCACCACAUUUGAAUGCGCUGGCUGCACAACAACGUCCACCCGCCGCCGCAGCGUACCUGUACCAGCAGAAUGCCGCCGCAGCCGCCGCUUUCCCAACACAACUUAUCUCAUUGCACCAGAUACGCAACUAUGCGCAUCAGCCCAGCGCAGCGGCGGCAGCGGGGCUAUUGGCCAGCGAUCACCUGCUCGGUUUGACCAGUGUAACCGCGGGCGGUGCCGGCAAGGACAAGGGUCAAUAGUACGCCGCACUGCACAGCGGUGAUGGCAACAGUAACGGCAGGUAUGGUAAUAAGUUCAAAAAGUCGAAGAAACGGGUACACGAGCGUGCACGUGAUCGCAGUUGAUUUUACUGAGGCGCUUAGCGGCAAGGGCAGGGAGUUAGUUGCAUAUCGGCAGGAGGGCGCGCAACGACCCUUUGCAUGUUUGAUAAAGCGAGCACCCAGUGCGCACACAUGGGACGGUAGUAGUACAACUGCAAUAACAACAUCAAAUACACAACAACAAACAACACAAAAACUCAGGUUUUAAUGAUCAUUUCAGCAAAGCGGUAAAACGGAGUACGAGAAUUACACAUAACUUCGAAGAAAUUAAACAUUAGUUGCAAUCAAUUGGAGUAAAACAACAAGUUUAUAAAAACAACAUAUAUUUAUUAGUGUCUUAGCUCUGCGAAUUUUUCAACACUACUUCCUCUCAACUUUGUAUUAUGCAGUGAAAUUUCUCAUAACGGACAGUCUUCAUAGUCGGACAUCUCCCAUAACUGGACAAAUUUGAUGAACACAACGUUUUCAUUAAUACUUUCCUAAGACAGGAUACGGACAUUUUUUUGGUAAUAUUUUGUUCAUAUUGUCUCUGAUAAACGGACGACAUUUCAUAAAAAUUGUCAAGAAUAUUGUGUACAAUUUAUAGUUUACGGUUUUUUAAAUUCUAAAUAAUUUUUGGUGUUUUGGGACAAUUUUUUUUUUUUUUUUAACAAAACAUUAAAUAAUCACAGCAAACAAAUUGUCUUGCACUGGGGUAAUCUGGUUCCCGGUGGUACAACGGAAACUAAUAAGAUAAUUUUCAUUCAUUCACUGCUGGCUGACAUUGGCUGGUAUUUAUUAGUUCAAUAGGAGUAUAGUUCUGAGUUGCAGCUUCUGACUCUAAGAAUACAUUUUAAAUACACGUUUUUGUCCAUGCCCUCAUAUACGGACAGCUCCCUUAGCCGGACAAAAACACUGCGAUCGUGGGUGUCCGGUUAUAAGAAAUUUCACUGGAUAUGAUUGUUUAUAAGCGCAAAUAAGCAUUUCUAUAUGUCUGUAUAAAUGCAACAGGAUGUCUAAAUUUUUUGCACGUUUCUUUGGCAGGUGCUUCUCAUACUCACUUUAUACCUGUAAAUUCACUCGUUUUAUACCAACAUGUUGCUCCUUCUAUUUUUCUCUCAUUUUUACUACGCCUGCGCGCCUUGACAGUAUACAAAUUCUACAAAUUGUAGUUCAUAAUUAUAGUAAUUAAAAGUAGUUAUCGACUAGUUACCCGUCUAGCAAUUAGGUAAUCGUAGUAUAGCAAAAGUAGUUUGAUAAGCCGAAUUUACUUUAUUCAGUAAGAAACAGCUAAUGUUAAGAAUUGUGUAAUUGUAGGCACAAGUACGUCAUUGUAUGUAGUUUAUAUACAUUUCUAUGUGUAUGUACAUAUAUUUGAAUAUUUUUUAUUUUUUAUGCGGUGUCCAUUUUAAACUUCUUAAAGUUUUGUUAAACAAAAUAAUAUAUUUUAAUUCCUUUGUAAAAAUGCUAAAACUUCUUUUAAUUUUAUGUAUGCAUAUGCAUUAAGUAUUGAAUAAGCUUCUGUAGUCAAUUAAGUGAUUGCAUCCUUUGUAGCAACGAAUUUAUGAAUCUCAAUAAAAUUUCACAGCUUUUCAUAGAAUAUAUGUAUAUUUUUUGGAUUUUCUAUUAUACUAUUUUGAUUAUUUACAAAGGACCUGUGUGUCUAUGCAUGUCGUGACAACAUAUUUUGAUUAUUCUUUUCGUUGUUUAUAUUAACUCUAAAAUUUUAGAUAUCAAGAAAAUAAAGUAAUUAAAUAACGCAUUAAAAAAAUCAUUUUAUUUUUACCAAGCACUUGCGUUAGAGUGGCAAGACGAUUUAAAAAUAAAUACAAAUUUUUGGUUGCUACAAAUUUAAUUAUUUCGAACUGUAUGUGUAUAUGUAUGCUGAGUAAUGAUGACAGGCAUAUUGUGUCAAAACGACUACGUUAAAGUUUCUUUAUGGGUUUCUUUCAUAACUGCUAGUGGCUAUCAGGAAGAACAAGAAUGCGAGUUACUCUCACAAACAGCGAAUUAACGAAAAGUAAAGAAACGAAAAAGCUGCAAAAGUUAGCAGUAAAAUUCAAAAUAUUGUCUUUAAUAAUCAAAUCAUAUGAACACUAGAAACAUUUUCAAUAUACUUAUUUGGAAUACUCACAACGUGUCAUAAAGCAUCGUAAAAUCUAGUUUAAAAAAUUUGUUGUUGCAUUGCAUACGAAAAUGAGUUUACGCAAAUAGCACUCUGAACGCUAUAUUUACGGAUCGUUAUAACUUAUAACUUUAUGAGACUAUGUCAAACACCUAAUUAUUUUCAUAACUUAAAUACUAAUAAAAUAGACAAAAUCCAAGCAAAAGCAUCAAAUAUCGCUUUAUUACACAUGUGUUUUAUCAGCUGUUUAUUCAUAGUGCAGUAGCUAUUUUGUGUAGCAGAAACUAACAGCUGUCUCUUUUGCUCUGAACUUGUAUUUUUCAAACAUUUGUUUUAUGUAUUAAAAUUUAU